GUGAAAGUACAUUAUAGUGAUGUUGUAGGCCACGGAAUAUCCAUCUCAAUACCCAAUGCACAUAGUGUUUGAGAGCUUCGGGCAGCUCCAGCCAGUCUAUGGCCAUUCUGUGGACUAUGUGCUUCUGGAUGGCUUUCCUGCAGAGCGUCUGUAAGGAGGAGACUGGAGAGGACAGACACAAAGGCAAUGGACGAGAGGGGCAGGGUCCUGACUGACAGGCAGAGAGAGAGAGGAGAGAGAGAGAGAAAGGAGAGGAGGAGCGUCGUUGCACGGGGCUCCCAUCACUAAUGGAGACGCACUUAACUGCAGACAGCUCUGGAGCAGCUCGCACAUCUCCCCCCUCUCAUAUUAUGGUAACUCUUCAAUGGCUUGAACCUGUGAUGUAAAGUCCAAAUGGCGGCCAGUGGACCUAGCAGGUCCGGAGAAAGAAAGGUCCGGGAGCCCCACGCCACGCCCCCCACCCUGUCUCCCAAGUCGGCCAGCACCAAUGGGACCAAGAGACACGUCCCCCGGGGCAUUGUCAUCCAGCUGACGGGGACAGAGGGGGAGUGGGAUAGCUUGGAUGACAGCGAGCUAAUCUUUUCCCUAGACGAGGAUUACCCAACUAUUUCUCUUACCAGAGAACGGCAAUUUUCUGUAAAUGAUGAUCUAUUGCUCCACGCUCCACCAUGCCACGUCCCCCAAUCUUCUUCAACCCCUAGCUCUUUAGGAAACUGCUCCGGUACGAGCUUUCUCUCCCCGGGCCCCUCCUCCCCAACGCACCGCCCAUUUACCAACCUGGUCAAGUCUCUUUCCUCUGAACUUGAAAUCAAAGAAGGCGCCACACUUAGACCGAAACCUCUUCUAAAUCUCGUCAAAUCCAUCUCGACAGAAAUCUCCAGAUCAGAACCAGAGAUCUCACAAUCAAAAUCGGACUCCCGCCUCAACCUGCACCUCUGGAAGCAGCUCACCCAACCGAAAACCCGCAGCAAUGGCGACUCCCGCACUGCACCGCCAUCCCCGAGCAUGCUGUCCCCUAGUGGCGAGGGCGGGAAAGGCAGCUUCUUCAAAAUGGAGCUCGAAGACACCAAGAGGAAGUUUUCGGAAGCGGUUCAUGAACAUUCUCUCAGUAGCAUGUUUCAAAAGAUCAUGCGCGAGGAGAGCGGAGGUAGUCCCAAGCACAAUCAGAAAAAACAAGCGGUCCUAUCUAGAAGCAUGGCACAGGACGGUAGCACGGAUUCAAGUUUUGUCGAGUCACCGGGAAAGAAUGCAAAAAGAUCGGACGAUAUUCCACAGGUUUUCGAAUGGCCACCUUUUAAUAAACAACAUCGAAAGACAUGCCCAGUUCACCACAAUCGUCAUCACCAAAAAGACGAAGAGCUAGAAGUCUUUGCUGAUGGCGAUGUGGUGCAGAUAUCAGUUACCGAAAAGCCCUCAUCUCCUCCCCAUAUCCCGGACAAGCCCCCAGUAAAGAGCACGCCCCUCCCACACAUGAGUUUGUUUUGCAUUGGCAUUCUUUCAUAUGGGUACUUCAUUUUGCCGCUGGGUCCAUACUUUUCUGGCAUGGCUUUCGGUGUAGCAUUGGGCUUCUUGAUUGGACUCUUGCUCAUCAGACUGAGUACAACCAGGUCAAAUAGUGGUGAUCAUAAACGUGGAAAAGUACACAACAUGCUCGGAGAGGCUAUUCUAACAGGUGCUGCUGUAAGGACUGAGUCUGACACCCUGAAGGGCUGGAUGAAUGAGGUGUGUGAUUACGACCCAGAGACCUACCACACUUCUCAGUCCCACUCUGUGUUUGCCACUCUGGAGGGCUCCUGUUUGCGCCUGCACUGCCCCCGAAACAACAUCACCCGCCGGGCCACGUACAGUGAAAGGCUGCCCCAUGCCGCCUUUGUGAAUACACGCUGCUUUCAGCUCACAAACUGCAAGGUUUCCCUGCUUCCCUCUGUACUGGCCCAGAAACGACAAUGGAACCCUAAGUACCCCCUGUGUCUGCAGCUGUGUGAAGGAAGCAGCUACCUAGAGACAGAGGGCGGGUCAGAGGAGGACAGCGCUGAACUACCACGCUCUCCCAACCCCUCCACUCUCUACCUGUUUGGACGCACAGGGAGAGAAAAGGAGGAGUGGUACAGGCAUUUUCUGCUGGCGUCAGAGGAAGAGCACGGGGAGAGGGAGGUCGACAGAUGCGUGGGCAGAUCGGGUGAUGUCCAUGCACCUCUCCAUACACUUGUGAGCAGUAGGGGCUCUAGCAGAGUGGGCAGUGAAGAUGAACCCUCCACCUCCUGUGCCCAGGCUCCAGUCCUUCACAGCAGCACCAGGACCCAGCCAGCACUCGACUACCACAGCUACAUGAGCCAGCUCCUGUGCGCUGUCGAGCUAACGCCACUCUGGAGCCCUGGAGCCAGCAGCACCACAGAAAGCCCUACCGCAGUCAGAGGACAUUGUACCUGUGAUGUAGCAGAGCACCCUGAGAAAGGCCAAACUGCAUGGAUAAAUGCUCUGAUUGGUAGAAUCUUCUGGGACUUCCUGCGAGAGAAGUACUACGCUGACAUGGUUUCCACCAAGAUCCAGAAGAAGCUCAGCACUAUCAGAUUGCCUUAUUUCAUGAAUGAAUUGACUGUCACAGAGAUGGAUCUGGGCACGUCUAUGCCUCUUAUCACAGCAACCUCCAAACCUGAGAUCAACCCUCGAGGGCUGUGGUUGGAGUUGCAGCUUGUUUACAAUGGUGGGUUACAGAUGACCCUUCAGACCAAGUUUAACCUGUCCAAACUGGGAAAAGAAGGUGGUCAAGAAGUAGAGUUCACACCGGAUACAAAAACACCACGGUGCAGGCCAGUCCUCAGUGUGUUAGCUGACAGUGACGAGGAGUCCUCCAGCGCUGGAUCAUCAGAUGAAGAGGAGUUGCUUCUUUCUGAGCCUCAGGGGCCUGUGGGAGACAAGGGAUCCUCCACUACGACAAAUGAAGGUGCGGGGGGCGGGAAGACCGGGAGGAAGAUUUUGAGAUUUGUAGACAAAAUCGCCAAGUCCAAGUAUUUCCAGAAGGCGGCGGAAAAUGAGUUUAUCAAGAAGAAGUUUGAGGAGAUGUCCAACACGCCUCUGCUACUCACUGUGGAGGUCCAGGAGCUGUCAGGGGCACUGGUCAUCAACAUACCACCGCCCCCUACUGACCGAAUAUGGUACAGCUUCUGCUCUCCACCCAAGCUGGAUCUCCAUGUACGUCCUAAACUGGGUGAGCGGGAGGUGACUUUCUGCCAUGUGAUAGAGUGGAUCGAAAAGAAACUACAAGAAGAGUUUCAGAAGGUGUUUGUGUUCCCUAACAUGGACGACAUCUGCGUGCCCCUGAUGCACUGUGGCCUGGAGCAGCCUCAAAGCUCCUGCACAGAGCCCACCCAGAAGACCCCCAUGGAGAUGUGUGGAGACCAGACAGACUAGUGCCUGUGUUAAUCAUCAAUGCAAGUCCAGACAGUCAAGAUAACCGCGGUGUCUGCAAUCAGUGCAUAUUGACUGAAUACAAGCAGGAAAUCUAUUCUUUUGUCAAUGUCUGAACCAGCAGUGUGGACAUUACGCGCUGUAGCCUUUUAGCUGAUAGUUUUCUUACACUUUAAAUAUGCUACAAGUGGUACCUUUUCAAAUGUUUACAAGAAAGAAAAGAGAUUACGUGCAUAGA